CUCACACUUCCUGUCUGUCUGAACGUAGCAAAACAAUGGCGUCAAACAGUGAGACCUCUAUUCCAGGAUCUGAAGGAGGAUCCAACGAAACUCCAGCAUCUCAGAAAAGAGAAGAGAGGCUACGAAAGUUCAGAGAGUUACAUUUCAAACGAAACGAAGCACGUAAACUUAAUCAUCAGGAGGUUGUUGAAGAAGACAAGAGGCUCAAACUGCCUUCAAACUGGGAGGCAAAGAAAGCAAGGCUGGAGUGGGAGCUGACCGAAGACCAAAAAAAGAAGGAAUGUGCUGCCAGAGGAGAAGACUAUGAUCGAGUCAAACUCCUGGAAGUCACAGCUGAUGACGCAGAGCGAUGGGAAAGGAAGAAGAAGAAGAAAAAUCCAGACCCAGGAUUUGCAGGCUAUGCUGAGGCACAGUUCCGACAGUAUCAGAGGCUUACAAAGCAGAUCAGACCAGACAUGAACAACUAUGAGAAACAAAGGGAAGAAUGCGGUGAGGACUUUCACCCCACAUCUGACAGCUUGAUCCAUGGUACUCACGUUCCCACUAAAGAGGGCAUUGAUCGCAUGGUGGAAGAUGUUGAAAAACAGAUUGAGAAAAGAUCCAAGUACAGUCGACGCAGGGCCCAUAACGACGAUGCUGACAUUGAUUACAUUAACGAGAGGAAUGCCAAGUUCAACAAGAAGGCUGAGCGCUUCUAUGGCAAAUACACAGCAGAAAUCAAACAGAACUUGGAGAGGGGCACGGCUGUUUAGUGCUUGCAUUUAAAAUAAUCUUAAUUCUUUUUUUGUUACACACGCUUCCCCAAACGAAAAGGAUGUGUCAUGUAUGGAAACAUUGUUUUAAAUUGCAUUUUAAAUAAACCACUUGUUGGUGCAGAAUAAA